AAACUUUUUCAGUUACUAUAUAACAUCGAAACGAAACGCAUCGAAUAAUUUAAUUUUCUUCCAUCGAAACCGACUGAAACUGAUAUACAUUUCUGCAAUGGAUUGCGGCGGAGUAUUUGUGAAAUAUGUGCUAUUUGUGUUUAACAUACUGUUUGUGAUAUGCGGCAUUUUGCUUAUCACGCUCGGCUCCAUUAUGGUGUCAGCCAUAAAGGACUUCUCGAACGUCGGUGAGACAUUCUCGGCCAACAGCGUGGCGAUCAUCAUCCUGGUCCUUGGCUGCAUCAUCUUUGUGGUGGCCUUCACGGGCUGCUGCGGGGCCAUUCGCGAGAAUGCCUGUGCUCUGACCACGUACUCCGUUGUCAUGCUGGUGGUGCUGAUCAGUCAGCUGGCCCUGAUUAUCUACGUGUGGGUGUACCAUGUGGAGAUACAGCAAUCCCUGGAGAAGAUUGUCCAGACCAUUUGGGAUCAGCGCAAAACCGAUUCACUUCUCAUGGACACACUGCAGCGAUCCUUCAAGUGCUGUGGCCUCAACGGCUUUGCCGAUUACGGCGUUAAGUAUCCUGCAUCCUGCUGCGACGCGCCCUCCAAUGGAACCUGCGCACUUACCCAGGUUAUGAAUCGAUCCAGUUGCCUGAAAGCCGUCGAUUCGUUCUGGGACACCAACGUGAAUAUCAUCAAGUACGCUGGUCUCGGUGUGACCGCUGUUGAGCUUGUCGCCUUUAUCUUCGCUUGUUGCUUGGCCAACCAGACGCGCAACUCCCAGAGACGCCAGAACUACUAAGCGUUUAAGCCUCUUUUAAUGUAGUAGUUAGAUUAUCUCCCCAUCUUUUCGAAAAAGUAAAUGUAUCAAUAAAGAUAUAAAAUAAAGUUUUCAUUGAAAGUCCUUUAUAUACCGUCACAUUUUCGUUUUUGAAUGCUACCUAGCAUUAAAGUCAAUUUGAUAAAACUAGGCUUUGAAAUUUAUUUUCUGCUAUCUAUAUUUUUACCUCAAACCUAUAUUGUACCAAAAAGUUAAAGCCUCUUUUAAUGUAGUAGUAAGAUUAUCUCCCCAUCUAUUCGAAAAAGUAAAUGUAUCAAUAAAGAUAUAAAAUAAACUUUUCAUUGAAAGUCCUUUACAUACCGUCA